GGUUUAUUUUCUGCCACCGCCUACCCUUGCGAGCCCUUUUGAGACGUCUAUUUUUUGGUAGCGGAGGACUCGCUGCAAACUCACAGUCUCACGAAUCUAAAAACCUUUUGGCGAACGUGAUGGGACAAGACGAUCAACCGACUCCCUUAUUUUUGGGACUCACGAUUGGCAUCGAAGUCAUUGCCUUUUUGUUUCAGACGUACCAAACCGUUUAUGCGCUUCGAGCGGCCUUUUUCCAGACAAACUCUGAUUCAAAAGGGACAUGGCUCGACCGCGUCAUUGCCUAUAUCAUGUGCAUCAUAUGGGUCUACUGUAGUUUUAAUAUCGCUAUUGCGUCGCUGGUGGGAAGGAACGACGCGCUGUAUCGGGUCAUGGUAGCGGGUGGGGAUACGACCUUUUUCAUGUUUGGGGGGAUUUACAUUUGGAUUGUGGUCAAGCGAUUUACCAAAGUCCAUCGUGUGAUACGACCGGGAGUUCAUUCAAAAUGGUACAGAGCCUUUGAAAUAGGGACGAUUCUCAUUGUAUCAAUUGCGGCGACUCCCGUCACUGUUUUUGAUUGGGUAGCUGUCUUCCAAGCGCCCAACGUUCCGGAAUGGCAGCCCGACGGCAUCUCGAUGCAUGGGGCGGCAUUCUUGUUUAUUUUCAACCUGUACAUUGUGGCUGUGGAUGCGACCACAUCCUUGUCGAUCUAUGCAAGGCUCAGAAAAGUUGUCAAGGACCUGCAUGAUGUGCUGGAAAAUCCUUUGCCGAGCACGGUGAUCAUCACUGGCGAGAAGGAUCUAUCGACAUGCCGUCUAAACAGCACAGCACCAUCUAGUUCCAAUCUCCCAUCUAUUCGCAGUUCAUCGGUAGCAAAACCAUCCGGCCCUCCAUCCGUAGCGAAACCAGUCAAACAAGAUGAAUCCCUAUUGCGAACGACAGGGAUGGGUGUGGGAUGGAUUAUCGGGAUAAGCCUAUUAGGAUUGUCGAUGCACAUGAUCAAUACGCUCUUGUUUUGGGAUCCAGAGAAACCCACGUUGCUCCCGUAUGGAAUCCUAAUGCAUGCGACAUGGACAACACCUGUGUGGCAUGCAAGGUAUGCAUGGAUGUAUUUGGUAGCUGUCAAGGACCUAGUCAAGGACAUUUGA